AUGGCGUCCCGUAAGAAGGUCCUCCUCAAGGUCAUUAUCUUGGGAGACUCUGGUGUCGGAAAGACAUCAUUGAUGAAUCAAUAUGUCAAUAAGCGAUUCUCCUCAGCUUACAAAGCCACCAUCGGUGCCGAUUUCCUCACGCGCGAAGUCAUGGUAGACGACCGUCUCGUAACCAUGCAACUCUGGGACACAGCCGGUCAAGAACGUUUUCAAUCCCUCGGUGUUGCCUUCUACCGUGGAGCAGACUGCUGUUGUCUCUGUUACGACGUAAACAACGCCAAGUCCUUCGAAACUCUGGAUUCGUGGAGAGAUGAAUUCUUGAUACAAGCUGCACCCCACGAUCCUGAAAACUUCCCUUUCGUAGUUCUGGGCAACAAGAUCGACGUGGAGGAGAGCAAGAGGAUGGUUUCCCAAAAGAGAGCUAUGACUUGGUGUCAGAGCAAAGGCAACAUUCCCUAUUUUGAGACUAGUGCAAAGGAAGCGAUCAAUGUCGAACAGGCUUUCCAGACAAUUGCCAGGGCUGCAUUGCAGCAGGAGGCCGAGGCGGAAUUGUAUGCUGAUUACCCUGAUCCAAUUCGGAUCGAUCAGGAUAAUCAACAGAGCGGAUGUAAUUGUUAG